GCAGCCAGGAGCGCGUCUCCGCCAGCUCCGCCCCGCCGCAGACGUCGCCGGCUGCUCCCGUGGAUUGGACAUGGCAGUCCUGCUGAUCUUCCUGGCCCUCAUCGCCAGCUCGGCGGCCAACGCCUGGACGCACCCGACAAGCCGGCGCAGCGGAGCGGCCCGCCUCCUGGGGCUCGGCGAGGCGUGGGAGGCGGACCCCGAGGGGGGCGGCGACCGGGGGCGGCGCGGCGGCUGGGGGCCCAGCGGCUGGAGCGGGCUGGCGGGGGCGGGCGAGCUGGACGGGGUUCCACUAGGGGCGGGCCCGGGGGCUGGCCCAGGGGCGGGAGUCGGCGCGCACAGGUCGUGGCCGUGGCCGCAGCCCGCCCAGGCCCAGCAGGAUCAGCAGCUGGUCAACGCCGUCGGCGGCCUGGGUAAGAGGCACGGCGCGCCCCGGGGCGGGCGGGCGGCGGGGGAGGACGCCGCCUCGGCCACGACUUCCACGACGGCGUCGUCCACGCGCAGCACGGCGCCCUCCCCCGCCAUCUUCACGGCUCUGGGGAGCGUGGGCGUGCUCAGCGAUCUCAGCAGCUUCUUCAGCAACCUGCAGGACAACCUGGAGUCCAUGGAGAACAUGACGCCCGAGGAGCGGCGCAUGGUGCUGGGCGGCGUGGACAGCCCGCACGAGAUGCUGCCGCAAGCAGGUCCCGGGCGGCCCAUGUCGGCUCCAGCUCUCAUGACGUCCCUGCGCAACCAGCGUCCUUCGUCCAGGACGAGGCACUUCGUGGAGACGAGCGAGCCCGCCGCCCUGCGCCGGUCCAACAACCACGACCCGCAGGUGCUGUGGGCGGGGCUGGGCCGCUGAGGCGGGGGAGCCGCCCACCAACACCAACGACGCCAUCACGACGCCGACGGUCGUCUCGUUCAUAACUUACUUACUACCCUCUCCCUUAUCAAACGUUAUCCUCUCACAUUUUCGCACGUCCCUCAUUUGGACCGUACUCCGCUCGUGACUCACCCGCCUUAACUGCGCACCAGCUUAUUGUAACACGCGGUAUUCUCAUCACGGUCGGCCCGCUCCGCCGCAGUCCAUUGCCAUCUACCGCGACUCAGGGAGGGGCGUGGCGGAGCGGGGCGGGUGUGGUGCGGCCCGCACGGUAAGCCCUAAACUCUUGCGAGCAGUCGAAACGUUCACGUCUCGGACCUGAUCAAGGCCGGUGCGGGCCAACCCGCGGGCCGCCUCGCACGCCGCCGAGACGCUCUCCAUGCUGAGCACCACCGGGUCGGAGGGUAAAGCGUGGGGUGGGGGAGGGUUUCAAUCUCCAUGCGCACCUAAACCUCAUGCACUUCUGCUCUCGUUGUUCGCCUAAAAGCGAGCCUUUUACAUAUUCGUAUACUUUCUAGGCAGUACCUCACAGGAGUCACUGUGCACAAACGUUUCACAAAUGGGGCGAGUUUGAGUAUGUAGGAUAGACACCCCUUUUUUGAUCCUCCCAAGUAAGAAGUAAGGAAUUGAUUUAAGUCAAGACUGGAGCCAGUGCUAAAAUUCAAGCUAUAUUUUAUGCGCAUAGAAAAUUUGGUGGGCGUCUCAUUUAGUGUUUCUCAUAUCUUUAUCGCAGAAAAUAGCGCAAUUUACAACGAGUGUUUGCCACAAUUUCAGUCCAAUUUCACUGAACGUUUAGGUUUCCUGUGCGAGUGGAGCCUCAAAGGUGGUGGUGUUUCACCCGGAGCUUUAUCAUCGUGUACUUAAGUCAGCAAAUUGAUCCAUCCCUGUUUGAUACUAGUACAUCGCAUGGCUUCACUCCACCUCGGACUUGCUCGCAGAGAAAUGUGUGAGAGACUCAGUAAAGUUAUGCUCUAUCCAAAAAGCAUAAGCAUAACUCUGUUCAUUUCACAUUUUUCUGGGUGCUCCCUGUCAUCAUCUAUCGUGUGAUUUUGUGAUUUACUACUCGCCGUUGGACCUGUACUGUGUUUCCGGUCUCCGCUGCAGAGUGCGUGACGUCAUAUUACAUUGUGUCCGCACCUUGAAUGUAACAUUCCUUCUCAAGACUGUAUAAUUAAAGAGUUCUUAGCAAUAA